AUGCUCAACCAGUAUAAGGGACUGCUACUGAACACAGAACCAGAUGAAAGAAAGACCCUUGAGUGCGAUGGAUGUGCGAAAGCACAAGAAGAAAAGCGAAGUGAGCGCAAAGCGCGAGAGAGCGCACUAAGCGCUAAGGCGCACGUUGUGUGGAAAAUACCGGAUAAGGAAACGGAUAAGGAAGCGGAUGUGCAAAGCGAGUGCAAACGCAGAGCGGAUAACAAUAACCAUCGGAAACACAAAGUGCGCCCAAGUGGUGACUACUACUUUAAAGUAAAACCCAAUAGCGAGGGAAGUACAGCAAAGGGGAGUAAUAAUGAUGGAGUACGCUGCAAUGCUUGUUACAAACCACGAGGCAAGGGAUAUGACGUACCAAUGAGGGCGCUUGAGCGCGAGAAAGCGCGCAAGAAACACAAGUCUCUACAACGGCCUCCACUGAAAUCAGUCAAAUCCAUCAGAACCUUCCUCUCCGUCACUAGAGGAACCAUUCUUUUACCAUACUUUGCAUUCAACCAGAUUCCUAUACCAGUCGCUUCGGCGGCCGAGAACACGUCCAGACAAUCCUUACCUGUCCAGUUACUUACCUAUUGCAUGUCUAAAACGCGCGGCGGGAACGGCGGACCGGUGGAGGCAAGCCUCACACCAGGGCAUUCAUGAAUCUAGAGGUGUGGGAGGGCACAGGGGCCCCCAAGACUAGAUAGUAUUGUCUUACAUAGAGUUACACUCUCAAAGACACAAAUUUGGAAUUUUUUUUUUGAAAAAAAA